GCUUCAUGAAUGAAGUGUCUCUGAUGUCACUCUGUUUACCUCUGCGUCGGAGUGACACGCCUUCCAUUCCAGGCUGGAGGCAUAUAAACCUCAGGAAUCCAGAGACACUCCAGCAGACUUCGAAGUUGGUCCAAUAGUACUUUUCAGGAUGACAGUGAUUAUUCUACUCCUGCUGGUACUUGCGUUUACCUUUUCUGAAGCGGAGGACAAUGAGCUGUUCUCCGUGAUCAGCACCCCCCCUGAGAAGGGCCAGAGUGUUUUACCCGACCCUGGCCAGAACCAGAGCACAAGGCUAGGGGCCAAAGACCCCUCUCUCACCAUCAACGAGCCCCUGGAAAAGAGCAGCAAAGCCGGGGACCCUAAGUACGCCCUCCACCCCCUUCCCUCUGGGGUCUGGCCCAAGCACAGUGACCCUCGCCCUGGCCCCCACAACAAGAGCAAGAAGGGCCCUAAAAAUGACCGCCUGAUCGAGCACAACAGCGAGAAGAACCGCGGCGAAGCGAGUCUAGCACUUCCCAAAACGCCACUGACCGCUGCUACCAACCGCACACAAAAAGUAAACGUGGACCCUUACCGAGACCCCCACACUAACUUCAACAACCCCCCGCAGAUUGACCCGGACAGUCACCCAAACUCCAGACCCAGGGGCCACCCCCACAUUCACCCAGCCACCUCCCCUCGCAGGGACCCCCCAACCAGAAAGCUGGACCCGGAGGAGAACCGCCCUGGAGGGAAGUCCAGUCUGUACCAGUCCGGCGGCGCCAACCGGAAUAACAGCCGCUCAUCUGUGCUCCUCAACCGUCGCUCCUCCAGCCUGCUCUACCACUUCGACAUCCUGAAACGAGAGUCUGACUUCACUCAUGAGGCUGUCUGCAUGAGUGAGUGCAGGAAGGAGAAGGAGGAGAGAGAGCAUUACUGCUACAGUGAAUUUGCCGUCAAUGGGAUCGUUCAUGACAUAGACAUGGUGCGUAAGGGCAUUAGACUCAUCACACUGAUGGUGAGCAGCGAUGGCUUCUACAAGAUGAGCCGUCUCUACGUCACUCCAGACAGCUUCUUUCUCAAAGUGCGUCUCCUAGUCCUGGACACCUACAAAUGUAGCAAGCCUUGUCCUGACAUCAAACUAGGUAGCCGGUACAUUGUAAUGGGCCAGAUCUACCACCGGAGGCGCCACCUCCCCAAUGACCUUCUGGCCCUGCUGGGGGGCAAACUGAAGCCAGGGGACGGCCUCCUGCGCAGCAACAACUACGUCAAGCGCUUCAACAAGAGGAGACACCAGAAAGCCCUGGAGGCUACCCGCUCCAAGUGUAGGUGAAACCAAAACACACUAUCGCCCCCUGCAGCGGUGGAAAAGACAUUGCAGCCGUCAAGAUGAAGUGACUGUGACCUAUAACCCUACAGCAUUUCAGCAAAGACGUAGAUGGACGAGGCCAAGAUGUUGUUGUUUUUUCCGGCAUGGACCUCCUGCACUUGUUUGUAUCAUAAUCCAGGUUGAGUCGUUAUGUUUUUGCUUGUCUGCCUGUACAGUCUUUACCUUGUAGCGUUGCGUCCUCUUUGAUAGAAGACACAAGUGGAGUCUAUAUCAAAGGUUCUCGUCUUUAAACCUCUGCUUGAAGUGCUGCCCCAUCAGAUUUCCUCCUACUGUUGCUCUCUAUUAUUGUGCAUGAGCAUUUAGUUGGAUAGAGGGCACACUUAACAAAGGUAAAAGAUGAGCUCUCUAGUAUAUCUCAAUGUUCAUAAGUCUUCUAUACUCAUUUAUUAAGAUGUCGUAGUACUUAAAAUGAUCAUUUAUUCAUGUCUGGUACAUGAAUCGGUCAGAUCAGUGCCUCCCUCUUAUUGGUUUCAUUUACGAUUGAAAUAUUCUGCCAGCGAAGCCAGAGUUCUGGUUCAAUGGAAUAAUUUAGGUAGAGGACAUUUUUCAUUGGCUAAUUCGAUGUAACACAACUUUUCAUCAGAAUGUUUUGGUUGUCCCGUGUCCACGUUUGAAGAUGUUGUCCGAGCAUGUGAAUGAAGCCCAUAUUUGCCCUGAGGGAGGAAGACUGCCAACUCCAGCCCCACUAUUCAUGCGAACACACACACACACACACACACACGCACACACACGCAUCUCCAAUUGGCUUGUUCCAGGUUAUCCCGAUCUAGUUGCACACUGGUGCUUCUCCAAUGGCAAGAGUCCAAUUACAUUUCGCCUUUAGAACUUGGUAGGAAACUUUAAAGGACUUCCUAUUGACUUCCUAUACAAUAUCAGCAAACUCCUAUUUAUGCCUGUAAGAAAAGCUGUCUCAUCUUCACACUGUUUUGUUCCUGUCAUUUGAUUGCAGGAAAUGCACUUUUACUGUAUGUGAAAGAGAAGAGGGGGGUGGGGAUGUAAGACUGGAAAAGCAGCAUCAACAACAAACCCCAGAGGAGGGAAAAGUUGAGAAAAGAGACAAAAAUAAACAAAUUCUUCUAAUGUUAAAGAUGUGUACAUGUUGAAAUAUCCGACGGAGAAAACAGACUUCAUAAGGGAACCUGAUGGUAUUAGUGAGUGUUUUUGUACAUCUAAUCGCGGGAAUCUGAUCCCCAGGGCACCUGGACACACGGAUUCAGAAAAGUGUGGCUCUCCUUGCCGGCUCUCUUUGGAGAUGGUGAGGUGAAAGCUAAUGCCGCCUCUGACCCUUAUUUGCUCAUGCACGCAAACACACACACGCACCCACAUCCGAUGCGGACAAAGUUCAAAGGAGACAUUUGAGAGUGGCAAAGGGAAGGAGAGAGGAAGGAGAGAGGGAGGAGGAGGGAAGGCGAAAAAGAAAGAAGAGAAAGAAGGUUACAGUGCCUUCAGAAAGUAUUCACACCCCUUGACUUUUUCCUCACUUUGGGAUUCAAAUGGAUUUAAUUGUCAUUUUUGGUCAACGAUCAACACAAAAUACUCUGUAAUGUGGAAGAAAAAUGUGAAUAUUUAUUACAAAGUUAUGAAAAAUAAAAUACGAAUAUAUCUUGAUUAGGUAAGUAUUCACCGCCCCAUAGACAAUACAUGUUAGAAACACAUUUGGAAGAGGUCACAGCUGUGAGUCUGUAGGUGAGUCUCUAAGAGCUUUGCACACCUGGAUUGUACAAUAUUUGCCCAUUAUUCUUGGUAACAUUCUUCAAGCUCUGUCAAGUUGGUUGUUGAUCAUUGUUAGAAAGCCAUUUUCAAGUCUUGCCAUAGAUUUUCAAGCCGAUUUAAGUCAAAACUGUAACUAGGCCACUCAGGAAUAUUCAAUGUCGUCUUGGUAAGCAACU